GAAAUUCAUUGCUAGGCUUCCAGAUAAGGGUAAGAAGAUCUCGGAUUUUGCUGAAAAGCUGACGCUUGCCAUUUUACAAGAAGAAGAAUUGGCAAGGACAGCUGAGCUGUUAUCUGCUGUCAGGUUGGAGUUUCAGGUGAAACAGGAGGAGAUUAAGACAAGCAAACAGCAAGUUAGCCUAAACAAGGACAUACGAAACCAUGAAGAUUCCUCAGUCUUUAAAGAAAACUCUAAUAUUAAAGAAGUUCCUGAGGUUUCUUUCGAAAAGCAGGAGAAAGAAUGUAUUGAGCAAGAUGCCACAAAUACAGCUCUGGAAAAUCAAAGGACUCAGAGGAAAAGUGAUAAAGUAAAGACUGUUGCAACAGAUCAGAAUCUUUUUUGUGAAGUCGUCUCCAAGUCAGCCACGAGCAGUCAUCUGAAAAAUGAUGAACUGGUAUCUCAGAGCAAUACUGAGGAUAGUACAGAAAGUACAGCUGCUUUGGACAACAGUAAAGACACGUUGGUUGAUGCCUUUCAAAAAGUUACAAUUGGCAGUACCUUUGGAAGCCUGCACCCCAAGACACCGCAUUAUAUUGAAGUUCUAGAGUCUAGAGCCAAGAACCCAGUCAUAAAAAAAACCAAAUUUAAAACAAAUGUAUUAUCAGGAGAGCAAAGUGGAUCGUCGCAUGGUUCCUCAUCCAGUCAAUCACCCAGGGGAUUUGACUCUCCAAUUACUACUGAAGAAAGACGACUUAGAGAUAAGAAACAUUUGAAUGACAUCACAGCAGCUCGAGUGCCACCACUUCACCAUUCCCCUGCUAAGCUGUUAUCCAUAGAGGAAUCGAUAGCAAUUCAAAUACAGCAAAAAGAAGCUUAUGAGGAAAUGCAAGCCAAGCUUGCAGCACAGAAGCUUGCAGAGAGAUUGAAUAUAAAAAUGCUCAGGUUUGAACCAGAGGGAGAGACCUCAAUGCAAUACAGAGAAGUGAGAGAUGAAGAUUAUUUUUCAGCAGAGGACUGAAUUCAAGAAUGGAUGUCUGAGGAUGAGCCACGUAACUGAUCUUUAUGCAGUACUUCUUAAAACCCAAACCUGAAUAUUGAAAAUGCUUGAGCUAGUCAGUUUUUUUCUAAAAUUUUAACGUUACAGCUAUGGGAAGGGUUCAGUAUAAACCUCAUAAGUGUUAUUAAGUGGUAACCCCAGUGUUAUUUGGGGACUGUUUUUUGAGCAGUUGAUCCUUGUGGAAUGCCCAAUAGUUUUCAGCUACAGCAAAGUGAGCUCUUUAAUACACCUUUUGCAGGCUAUGAUGAGUCAUCUACAAGAGAAAGUUUCUUCUGCGCAGAAACGUGAUUGCAAAGGGCAGCAACACAUGUGUCCAUAAAGUAAGCUAAGGUGCCUGUGAACUGCU